AUGGCAUACUCGUCCAAGUUCACCCCUCGUCCCGUUACCGACAUCUUUACAAAUGACACCUGCAUCAACCGUCGCAACUGCACCCGCUCGGUGCCCAUGAAGGUGCUCAUCCUCGGCGUCGGACGCACCGGCACAGCUUCCAUGCGCGCCGCCAUGAAGCAGCUCGGCUACGUCGACACAUACCACAUGAUGAACUGCUCCAUCGAGAACCCCCCCGACGCACUCAUGUGGAUGGACGCCCUCUGCGCAAAGUACGACAAGCAGGGCGAGCCCUUCACCCGCAAGGACUGGGACCAGCUCCUCGGCGGCGCCCAGGCCGUCUGCGACUGGCCCGCCAUCGCUUUCGCGAAGGAGCUCAUCGAGGCCUACCCCGAGGCAAAGGUCGUCCUCACCAACCGCGACGUCGACUCGUGGCACGCCUCCACUAUGAGGACCGUCUACUGGCGCGUCACUGAUCACGAGCUGCGAUGGCUCUCACACUUCGACUGGGCUGCCUCCAUGUACUACCCCAUGCUCCGCAAGUUCUUCGAUACCUUUUUCGAGGGCGACUUUCCCAACCGCGGCAAGGAUGUCUUCCGCCGACACUACGCAGAGGUCCGCAGCCUGGUACCCAAGGAGAGACUGCUGGAAUACAAGAUCACCGACGGAUGGGAGCCUCUCUGCGAGUUCCUCGGCGAGCCGGUGCCCAAGGGCUGCGAGUUCCCCCGCGUCAACGACAACUCGGAUUUUGUCUCGCGAUCGCGCCGCAGGAACCGUCACCAGAUGUACAAUGUCGCUCUUCGCUACGUCUGCACAACUGCUCUGGCUGUCAUGAUGAUCUACGCCGUCGCGCACAUGCUGUCCAUGAUCUAA